GUUGAAACCGUGCAGUCAUACAGAUUCUCUAUUCUCAUCAUCAGCAUGCCAUUCCUCAAGGGCCUUGUCCACUUUGUCCAAUUAGCACUUUUCCUCGGUCAAGGUCCAUCUUCCGGUGAGGCAGCCAGCCUUCCAACCCGAGCGGACAAUAGUCGCACUGUUGCCCCUGCGAAUUGUAUUGUGGUAAAACCUAGUGGUGCUAGUGCAUCAGAGUUCACCAGUCUACAAGCUGCCGUCAACUCUAUCGGUUCAUCUACUAAGCCCGCGUGUAUCUUCCUCGACUCGGGAACUUACAAUGAGCGAGUGGAGAUCAAGGUCAAAGCACCCUUGACCCUCUAUGGGUCAACCACCGACACUGGAAGCUAUAAGAAGAACACCGUCGUUAUCCAGAAUACUCUUGGGUCACAAGAUGCGGGCUCUUUAGAUGCAAGCUCAACCGUUAAUCUUAGGUCCAAUGAUUUCGCCGCGUACAACAUUGACUUCGUCAACGGGUAUACAGCUGGACAGGCUGUUGCCUUGACGGCAAAUGGCAACAAAACCGGAUUUUACGGCUGCUCUUUCAAGUCGUACCAGGAUACUCUGUAUGUCAAGGCUGGAUGGAUGUACUACUCCAACUGUUAUAUCGAGGGCGCGGUUGAUUACAUCUUUGGCAACGGCCAUGCAUGGAUAGGCGAAUCCACUAUUGCCUCUAAUGGACCGGGCUACAUCACUGCAUCAUCUCGGACCGAACCAACCGACACCUCACGUUAUAUCAUCGAUCACAGCACGAUCACAUCUACCGGCACCCAAGAUCUGACCAACAAAGUCUACCUCGGACGUCCUUGGAGAGUCAACGCACGAGUGAUGUACCAGUACAGCAUUCUGACAAAUGUCGUGAGACCAGAGGGCUACUCACCCAUGGCCGAAGGCGCAACACCUGUCUUCCAAGAGUUCGAAAACACUGGUGCUGGUGCCGAUACUUCGCAGAGAAAGUACUUCACCCCAUCGGAUAAAGCUCUGACGAAGCAGGAUCUUUGGGGAGCUGAUUUCAAGUGGUAUGAUGCGAGCUACUAGUGCUUGAGGUCUAGAUAUAUGAGAGAUAGGGAAUAAUACUACGCAAGAACACCCUCUUGGCUUGCU